UAGGGAUCCUAGGAUGAUAUUUUUUUCGAAUCGAUAAUAUUCGAGAUAUUCUUUUGCGAUAACGAUUUAGGUUGCUUUCCUUGUCGUAUUUUCGCGCGAACGAUCGACGGGAACGAAAGCGAGUAUAAAAGAGGAUCCUGGCAAAGAGUGGCACAACCUAGAAAUGGGAGCGCGCAGAUCUCUCUCGAUCGAUUUGCCAGGGUUAAACUUAUACUUAACGCACGCUCGCGCGUUCAUUUGUCAGCCGGGACGCGACAAUCACGUUCGCAACAAUAAUGGCUACCACGAUGCAUACGCAAUUGCAAUUGCGCGUAUCGUGCCAUCGAACGAUGCGAGAAUCGCGCGUACAUUUUCUCGACCGAUUGCGAUCGUUCAUUAGCGUGUCUGAAGCUCUAAUUCAUUGCAUAAACCGUCGUUUACGCGGCGAAUUAAACGCUCGCAUGGGUCAAGCCUGGAUAAAUUCCAGUUUCGUCCGAGUUUCAACCGAGUUACGAGAAGUGUGAUGCGUCUUUGAUACAUAGUUAGAUAUACUAUAUCUAAGACGAUUUCCGAGAAGAAAUAAUUAAAAUAAUUAAAAUUGCGAAUAAUUUGCGCAAAUGAUCGCUCGAGAUUUAAAUUUUUUAAAAGGAGGUAACGUCGAAAGAUCGAUGGAUUCUUCGAUUUUCUCGAUAUUCUCGUUUUAUUUAUCUGGCUCUAAUGUAGCUUUACGAUUAAACGAGAUCUCGUACGCGGUAUAUCAGACGGAUAUUGGAUUUUCGUUUUCAAUAAAGUAUAAGAAGAAAGAAAAGGGAAAAAAGAAACUCGACGAGAAAUUACGCGAAACGUGAAAUUCAAUAGGAUAAAUUUGUUCGAUUGAGCGACGAGUCGGUCUCAAAGGGAUUUCAAGGAGAACGAGUUCGAACCGCGAUCGAACUCGACGCUAUUGCCUAUGAUGUAUCCUCUUUUCCACGUAUCAAUCUCCCUCCCCAUCUUUUAACGACGUAUGCGAACAAUUUAUUAUCUCCGUUUAAUCGCCGUGGACGUUGUAAAAUUAUUUCUUAAUGUCGUAAACAAGGAGUAUUAUAUGGAAAGAAGAAUAACGCGUUCGUUAUCGGAAGAGAGGAAUUCGAGCGUUGCGAAUCGGAGGGACACGAAUGACACGGUGUUUUUCUCGAUUCAGCGGGAUUCGGGAUUAUAACUCAUGCGCGCCCAUCCGUCCGACAGAUUUAUUCGCGAUAGUGGCGCAACAAUAAUGGCUACCGGCUACGUGUACGCGAGACUGCGAUCGCGCGUCCUUUAUCAUCGCGUCGGGAUGGUAUGCACCUCGCGCGGUUUCUUCGAUCAUUACGAUCGUGUUCGCCGCGAUCUCGAGGAUCGAUGUACACGGCCCGCCUCACCUCGCCUAGCUCUACGAAUAUCGGAUGGAUCUCGCGCGCCACUCUCCCCGAUUUAUCUUCCCGCUAAUAUUUCCGCGUCCCGCGAAUAUGGAGAAAUGGAAUUCGUUCGUAUUCGGCGGCGAAGCGAAGAGUAAUCCUCCUGAGUUAAUUCUUUCUUCUACUCUUUUCUCUCGAGAAAAAAAAUGGAAAGAAAUCUUUUUUCCUCUUCCUUCCCGUAGCGAAUCGCGCGUAGCGAGCAAUGCCGCGGGAUCGUCUCGAUCGAUCCCCGCUUGCCUGUGCGAAUAAGUAGCCACCGCCGUUCACUUUCGAUCGCUCGUCGAUCUGUCGACCUUCGACGAGAACGGCGACAACGACGACAAAGACACGACCGACUCUCGAUAGCCAGCGGGCAAACGAACAUCGGCUAGUUAAAAUUACGUAGCGGUUGGCACGAUUGGCCGGUUUCCGAUCGAAACGUUCGCGUCCUCCGAGUUCCUCGAAUAAUCCACAGCCGGAUUAUAUCGCGCGGAAUUAAUCGACGUCGAGGCGCGCGAUGUUUCGACGUCCGCGAUGAACCACGCGAGCAACGGUCUCCCGGGCCAUGUCGCGCAUCGUCGAUCCGAUCGAGAUACGAUUCCUCUAAUCGUAGAUGCUUCCUUCCCCGUAUAGAAUUCCCCUCAGCGAUCGAGAUACAAUCUGUACAAUCUGCCCACGAUUUCGAGAUGGUACGGAUUCGUACUUUUAAUCCUAUUUUUUUUAUCUAGUUUCUUUUUGGGAUUUCGUCUCGAACGGGAAGGAAUAGCGGCGCGGAGUGCUGAGUCCUCAGAACGUACGCCGUUGCGCGUCGUUCUCGUGGAGCAUCUCGAGCACUGGCAUCCAUCGUGUUUCGAUCCAUCGAACAGUGGCCGAAUAGUUGGCUUGUCGCGUCGCGUGCGCGAUCGUACGGAGGGGAGGGGAAGGGUUUGGCGCGGUGGAAAAAAUUCGAGCAGAAUGCCAUGACCCAGCGUGGCAUUUGCAUCCGUAGGAUCUAAUGAAUAGCGAGCAUUACGUCCUAUUUGGUCUGAUUGCGAGCGGCGGCCGUGACGACGAUGCCGGUGCGCAUAGCAUAGCUCUCGCGCUAUUUGCAGUCUGACCGAGCGGGUGGGAGGUACAAUGGACGCCGACGCCUGGCGUCGGUAUGCGUUCAAUGGAGGCUCCUCUUCUAAGGACGUGUUGAACGUUCACCAAAGACCACUCGGGCAAAUUUGUCCAGCUGGUGGAAGUGUUCCACAAGGGCAACAGAGCAGCGCAGGUUCCGUCGGCUCGGCACCUAGUCCGGCAUCGCCAAGGCCAACUCCUCAACCACGACCACCCGUUGCAUCGACCGCUUCGCAAUCCUCGAGAACGUUGGACGAUGACAGAUCGACGGACGCUGUAGGUACUGGGACCGCAGCGGAAGAUUCCGACGAUGGCGAGAGCAUAGCGCAAUACGUGAGCACAAAUUGCGUCGUCUUCACCCAUUAUCGAGGGGAUGCUGCGUCCGAAGUGGAGGAACACUUUCAAAGGGCAUUAGCGCACGAUAAACCGAAGGAAAAUAUCUCUCCUAUGUUCAUGAGGAACUUCCCCCCUUCCUUCUGGAAGAGUCAGCAUCCUGGUGAAGUCUACGAGUGUCCAACGGAUCCAUGGCAUCCGCAUUAUCCACAAUAUCACCACAGGGCUGUGCACGAGUACCAUCACCAUAACAUGGCGACCGUGACGAGUUACGGCGGUUUGCUUUUGGGUGGUGCGCGAGGACUCGGCCACCAUGCGGCGCACCACGCGCACUCCGCGGCCUCCUACAAGGACUGGCCGUCGGCGACGCCGUCGCAGUCGUUCGUCGACGCUUCCUCCGCACCCUCUUACCCGCACGGCUAUUACGCACCCCUCUCUGGUCUCGAGUCUCAGGUUCAAGAUUCCAAAGACCUUUAUUGGUUCUAGAAGCGAGUGACGGAGUCUCGUGGGCCGAAUUAAUUCGCAAGAUCCAGUGGGUGGAUCCGCGAAAGAAAGAGGCACGAGCUCUUCGAAACCGCGAACAGGAAUCGGAAGAAGAAGGAAUUGUCAUCCUCGCUCGAACGAACGUAGCGACAAAAUGGCGAAUAGGACGCUGUUGGGACGCGAUCGAGGAGAAACGAGCCUGCUCUCAAACGUGAUACUAGCGUGCUAAGGAACGACGAUCCAUCCGGCGAACGGAGAGCUGAUGGACAAGAGGGAGAGGAGAGGAAGAAAUUUUUGUUAUGUUACGGUCGGACGAACGUAUGCGAACAUCGUUCACGCCGAGCAAGUGUACAUAGUGUUACCUAAUUUACUUUAAGGAUCUACUAUUAGCGUACAACUCGGAUAGUAUUAGAGGAACUACUUUGCGCGCACUAUUACCUUUCAUAGUGACUGACGACGAAAUUACUUACUACAUAUAUGUCCGACCGGCCGGUGAAAAUGACAGAUUCUCUAGUUCGUAUAGAAAUGUAGGGAAUUGUAGGCCAUCGAAAGGCGAAAGAGUCGAAAUUUUCCAAAUAAUUACGAAUAUUGAACGUCGAAUAAUUAAUCUAACGAAUCGAUAUCUCUUCGUUUCAAACGUAUCGUAUCUUUUUUUGUUCUCGAAUCAAGGUUGAAACGACGAAUUGAUGAGUUUCGUUGUAAACCUUGUUAUCGAUCAUUCACGAAAGAACGUGAAAGAGGAUAAAGGAAGAUGGAUCGAUUAUUUGGAGAAUUUGACUACAGAUUUAAGUGAAAUAUUUAUUGACCAAUGAUCUUGCCAUAUAUAUAUAUAUAUAAUAAAUAUAUGUAUAUAUAUAUAUACAUAUAUAUAUAUAUAUGUAUAUGUAUAUAUAUACAUAUUACUAUUAUUAUUGUAUCAUAACACCGAUGCUGCAGAAAUUCUGAAAUCUCUCCAAGUCGGCAAAUUAAAAAAAAAAAAAAAAGAAAUAGUUAUUAUCCGAAUUGUCACAAUUAUUCUUUACAUCCUUUCCCAUAGAAUUGACAAUGAUAUCGCGAGGACAUGUAUACACACGCGCAACAAGCACGCACGCACAACCGUCAUUUCGCCUAGUGAAUUACUCUACCUUAAGCGCAUCUCAUGUUAUCAUAGGUGUUAAAUAAAUGAUGCAUCAAUAUUA